CUUGCUUCCGCGUGACGUCACGACAUAUCCAUAAGCUGCUGCACCGCGCGCGUGCUCUAAGAUCCGAGAAUUGGUCUGAUGGAGCAAAGGCACUCAUCGCAGCUCAGUAGACAAAGACAACAAUGGGACCAGUAUGCAAACAGCAUGGAUUGUACUGGAAAUUUUACACAAGACCAGAGAUCUCCAACGGGAGAGAAACCCUUCAAGUGCACUGUGUGUGGGAAGGCAUUUUCAGGUUCAUUUAAUCUUAAAAAACACCAGAGAACACACACAGGAGAGAAACCCUUCAGGUGUAGUGUGUGUGGGAAGGAAUUUUCAUUUUCAUCUGGUCUUAAAAAACACGAGAGAACACACACAGGAGAGAAACCCUUCAAGUGCACUGUGUGUGGGAAGGCAUUUUCAAGUUCAUAUUAUCUUAAGAUACACCAGAGAACACACACAGGAGAUAAACCCUUCAAGUGCAGUGUGUGUGAGAUGGCAUUUUCACAUUCAUCUAAUCUUAAAAUCCACCAGAGAAUACACACAGGAGAGAAACCCUUCAAGUGCAGUGUGUGUGAGAUGGCAUUUUCACAGUUAUCUAAUCUUACAAUCCACCAGAGAACGCACAAAGGAGAGAACCCCUUCAAGUGCGGUGUGUGUGAGAUGGCAUUUUCACAUUCAUCAAAUCUUAAAAUGCACGAGAGAACGCACACAGUAGAGAAACCCUUUAAGUGCAGUGUGUGUGGGAAGGCAUUUUCACGUUCGUCUUAUUUUAAAAUACACCAGAGAAUACACACAGGAGAGAAACCCUUCAAGUGCACUGUGUGCGGGAAGCCAUUUUCAAGUUCAUUUUAUCUUAAACUACACCAGAAAACACACACAGGAGAGAAACCCUUCAAGUGCACUGUGUGUGAGAAGGCAUUUUCAAGUUCAUCUUAUCUUAAAAUACACCAGAGAAUACACACAGGAGAAAAACCCUUCCAGUGCACUGUGUGUGAGAAGGCAUUUUCACGUUCAUCUUAUCUUAAAAAACACCAGACAACACACAGAGGAGAGAAACCCUUCAGGUGUACUGUGUGUGAGAAGGCAUUUUCAAAUUCAUUUUAUCUUGAAAUACACCAGAGAACACACACAGGAGAGAAGCCCUUCAGGUGCACUGUAUGUGGGAAGGCAUUUUCACGUUCAUCGCAUCUUAAAAAACACCAGAGAACACACACAGGAGAGAAACCCUUCAAGUGCAUUGUGUGUGGGAAGGCAUUUGCACAGUCACCACAGCUUCAUAGCCACCAGAGAACACACACAGUAGAGAAAGCCUUCAAGUGCUCUGUGUGUGGGAAUGCAUUUUCAAGUUCAUCUUAUCUUAAAAUACACCAGAGAACACACACAGGAGAGAUACCCUUCAAGUGCACUGUGUGUGAGAAGACAUUUACAUGGUCAUCAGGUUUACAGAUCCACCAGAGAACACACACAGGAGAGAACCCCUUCAGGUGUAGUGUGUGUGGGAAGGCAUUUUCAAGUUCGUCUUAUCUUAAAAUACACCAGAGAACACACACAGGAGAUGAACCCUUCAAGUGCAGUGUGUGUGAGAUGGCAUUUUCACAUUCAUCAAAUCUUAAAAUGCACCAGAGAACGCACACAGGAGUGAAACCCUUCAUGUGCAGUGUGUGUGGGAAGGCAUUUUCAAGUUCAUAUAAUCUUAAAAUACACCAGAGAACACACACAGGAGAGAAGCCCUUCAAGUGCAUUGUGUGUGGGAAGGCAUUUUCAAGUUCAUAUAAUCUUAAAAUACACCAGAGAACACAUACAGGAGAGAAACCAUUCAAGUGCACUUUGUGCGGGAAGGCGUUUGAACAGUCACCACAUCUUCAUAGGCACCAGAGAACACACGCGGGAGAGAAACCCUUCAAUUGCACUGUGUGUGAGAAGGCAUAUUCAAGUUCAUCUUAUCUUAAAAUACACCAGAGAACACACACAGGAGAGAGACCCUUCAAGUGCAGUGUGUGUUGGAAGGCAUUUUCAAGUUCAAUUUAUCUUAAAAAACACCAGAGAACACACACAGGAGAGAAACCCUUCAAGUGCAGUGUGUGUGAGAUGGCAUUUUCACAGUCAUCAAAUCUUAAAAUGCACCAGAGAACGCACACAGGAGAGAAACCCUUUAUGUGCAGUGUGUGUGGGAAGGCAUUUUCAAGUUUGUCUUGUCUCAAAAUACACCAGAGAACGCACACAGGAGAGAAACCCUUUACAUGCAGUGUGUGUGGGAAGGCAUUUUCAAGUUUGUCUUGUCUCAAAAUACACCAGAGAACACACACAGGAGAGAAACCCUUCAGGUGUAGUGUGUGUGGGAAGGCAUUUUCAUUUUCAUCUGAUCUUAAAAAACACCAGAGAACACACACAGGAGAGAAACCCUUCAAGUGCACUGUGUGUGAGAAGACAUUUUCAUUUUCACCUGAUCUUACAAAACACCAGAGAACACACACAGGAGAGAAACCCUUCAAGUGCACUCAGUGCGGGAAGGCGUUUGCACAGUCAACACAGCUUAAUACACACAAGAGAACAAACAAGCAUCAGAAGACCCCCAAGGAGUGUAGUCUGAAAUCGACUUGUGAAAGUCAAAGUGCUGCAAUGAGCCCAUCCCUCCUGAAAAAAGAACCAGAAGUAAAUUCCAGCUUGGACACUAUGAAAUGUAUCAAGGUGAAAUUUGCAGAGGCGAAGGUGAAAUCUGAAGAGGUGAUAGUGAAGAGCGAAGAAGUGAAGGUAAAAUGUGAAGAUGAACAUUCAACUCCAAAAUCGGACCUUCACAUCAAUGGAUGCAACGUGAAGCAGGAGGAGAAUUCUGACUGUGAGGCAGAGCGAGGCAACUCCCAGCAGUUUGUUGAUGUGGAGGUGUGGGUAGACUUCUUGGACAAUACAAAGUCAAAUGGAGAACCUGUA